UGUUAUAAAAUUGUGUAUAUUUAAGAUUAUUAUAUAUUUUUUGUUACUUAAAAGUAUUUAGUAGUAGAAACUUUCAAAAAGACAACAUCCAAAAAAGCACUUCUUUUUUUUUCUCUCAGUGAGUGUGUGAGCUUCCCUUCUUAUAUACCACUCCACACUAACCAUCCUCUUCUUCCUAUCCACUCCAAUUCACUCCUACAAAAAAAAAUGACAACUCCUUUCUUUCACAUCCCCUCCACCAACUCAUCAACCACAUCCUCCACCACCACCACCACCACCAUACCCCUUUCAAACCCGAACUCGAGCUCGAACUCGAAACCUCGAGGAAGAAAACAUGGUGGAAAAUCUCAAAAUGGACCUAAAAAUAAAAUACGUCAGAGAGGAGUUGGCAUUGCUGAACUCGAACGUAUCAGAGAAAAAAAUAACUCUCCUCCUCUUCCUCAUCUUCAUCCUCAUGAUCAUCCUAAUCAUCAUCAUCAUCAUGUUACUAAUACUACUACUAAUAGUAGUAUUAAUGCUACUAAUAUCCGUCCAUUUUUCAGUCCUCGGGUCAAUCAUUCGAACCCGCUUUCUGGGGUCCCCGUGAUCCGUUACUGUAUCCCGGGUCAGCCCAUACCCGACCCGAGACUUACUAAUCGGGUCUCCAUUCCGGGUCCAUCUUCUUCCUCACCCGCUUUCGCCUCGGAGCUUCCUUCAAUGCCAAACCCUUAUCCACUUGAUUUCUCCACUCUUUCCUUCAAGAAGAAAAAGAUGAUUGGUGAGGAAACAUCAACAGUAGGGUUUUCAAAAGGGUAUAAUAGUAAUUUUGGUGGGUUUGAUCUGAAAAAUGGAGACAAUGAUUACUUGCCUUUUAAUGGAGGUUUUUCUGCUCAUGCUACCACUACUACUAACACUGCUACUAGUGAGGUAGUAGCAAUUCACAGAAAAUGGAAUGGAUCAGAGAAUGUAAUGAUGGAGUAUGGAUUUUUCCCAGGAAAAUCAUCAGAUUCGGAAGAAAACAUGAAUAAUAAUUUCCAAGACUACAAUUAUUACAACAAAAUUAUGGAGGAUGAAUUAAACUUAAAAAUGGGAUUAAUUUCAGAUUCUUCAUCUUCUCCAUCAUCUUCUUCUUCUUUAUCUUCUCUUACAACUGCAACUACAACUACUACUUCCAAUACUUCUGUUGACUUGUCCUUAAAGCUUUCUUAUCAUUAAUUAAUUAAUUAACAUCCUUAAUUAAUUUCUACAAGUUUUAAUUAUACCCAUAUAAUCUAAUAUUUGCAGUUGUAAUUACCUUCCUUUUUUUUUUUUGAGUUGGGAAGAAUUUAACUUUCUGUUAUUUUACAUAAUUUUGUGUAAUGUUCUGGGAAUUAAACCACAAAAGUACUGCUUUUUCUUUGCUUCUUUUGGUUUUUGCUCUUUUUUUUUUUUAACUUGCUGUAAGUCUGUUCUUGUUCUGCUGCUAAAACUGUAAUGACAUUAAUUAUUAAUAUGAAAUAGUACUAGUAUGUUUUUUUUGGGGUAGUAUGUAGUAUCUU